GCUUCACCAUGCCUGACUCAUCCCUAAUGAUAGGCAGCCCUACACCGGUUUGAAACAGGAAUUAGCAGCAUCAUCUUUCACAAGGUGCUAAUGUGAACAUCAAACACCGUACCUAAACCUUUAUGCUUAACAGCAAACUGCAAAACAGCAACGGCCAAGGCAGACGUUUUUUUCUGCAAAGGACCUUUAUCAUUUGGAAUAUAUUGUUCCUGGGAGUGGCUUUUGCUUUGUGUGUAAAGGAAGCCUCCACUGGAGCAGCUGCAGAGCUUGGAUGUUGAGGUUCAUCUGAAAUGCUUUUCUGGCUUAGAGAGGAAGAAAUGUCUCUUCAAGAGCUCAACCAACGAUUGCAAUGUGUGAUCACUCAUGUUGAUGAAAUAAUGCAGCAGGAGAUUCGACCUCUGCUGGCAGCUGAUAUCAUAGAGCAACUUCACAGACAAUUCGCCAUUCUCUCAGGGGGGAGAGGCAACAAUGGAGCUCCGAUAAUAACAUUCCCUGAAUAUUCUGGCUUUGGGAAUCUUCCUGAUGAAGACUUCCUUAACGUUGUCACAUAUCUCACUAGCAUUCCCAGUCUGGAGGCUGCCAGCAUUGGAUUCAUCAUUAUUAUAGACCGACGCAGGGACAAAUGGAGCGCUGUGAAGGCGUCAUUGACACGGAUAGCGGGGGCAUUCCCAGGGAACCUGCAGCUUGUUCUGGUGCUGCGUCCCUCCCGCUUCAUUCAGAGAACCAUCACUGACAUUAGCAUGAAGCUGCACCGAGAUGACUUUAAAAUGAAGGUACCGAUCAUCAUGUUAAACGCAGUCUCAGAUUUACAUGGCUACAUUGAUAAAAACCAGCUUACACGUGAACUUGGAGGAACCUUAGACUACUGCCAUAACCAGUGGAUUCAUCAUCGAACCGCUAUUGAGAAUUUUGCAGUGACGGUGAAGACGACAGCGCAGAUGUUGCAGAUGUUUGGUACCGGUCUGGCUGAGACAGAGCUCCCGAAUGAUGUUCACUGUACAGAGGAUCUCCUGGUCUCCCACACAGAAAAGCAUGACAAGCUCAAGGAUGAUCUCCAGCUGGCAUUGAAACAGGGAACCACCCUCCUCUCUUGCAUUAAGGAACGAACAACCAAAAACACAAGCUGCAAACUCAACUCUGACGAACUGGAAAAUGUUGCUACAGUUGAACGGCUGCUGGCGCAGUUGGAUGAAACAGAAAAUGCUUUUGAGCAGUUUUGGUCCAAGCAUCAUCUAAAACUGGAGCAGUGUUUACAGCUGCGGCAUUUCGAACAGGACUUUCGAGAGAUAAAACUUGCUUUGGACAGCCUUGUGGAGACUCUGGCUGCUUUCACAGACAUUGGAGACAGUGUAUCUCGAGUAGAACAACUUCUUAAGGAGCUUAAAGUAUUGGAGGAGAAAGCUCAGGAAUCUUUGGAAAAGGCCCAGUUGCAAGCCCUGCGCGGAGACCAGCUGAUCCAAAGUAACCAUUACGCUGUCGACUCCAUCAGACCCAAGUGUGUUGAACUCAGGCGAAUCUGCGAUGAUUUUAACAAUGAAACAAAGAAGAAGUACGACAUAUUGGGGAAAUCCUAUGAAAUACAUACAAAAAUAGACAAGGUUAACCUGUGGUGUGACGCUGGUAUAUACCUGCUGGCAUCCCAGGCAGUGGACAAGUGCCAGUCUCAAGAAGGUGCUGAAUCUGCCCUGCAUGACAUUGAAGAGUUUAAUGAAACUGCAAAUGAGAAUCAGCCAAGCAACCUUAAAGAACUUCACAAUCAGUUUGAAAUGAUUCUCACGUCUGAUGUAAAGGCCAAUGUCCAGAAGGCCCUCCAGAGACUAGGAGAUGUGCAGGAAAUGAUUGAAAAGAGACAAGUCAGUCUUAAGAAGUUGUCAGCUAAGCAGACCCGGCCUGUACAGCCUGUGGCCCCCCGCCCAGAAUCUUCUCCGAAACGGGCAUCCACUAAACCAGUCACAAAUGCUGGUCCUACCGCUGCACCCACUCGAAGGGCGUCUGAGAGUUCCAGUACCACCAAGCCUCCUACUGAGGCUGAACUGGCAAAAAAGAAAAACCCCAGAAAAACUAAAGGUGGAAUCAAGAUUGAAGUAAUGCACGAAGCCAGCCAAGGAGGGUCCAGCCACAUUCUGGUGACAAAUGAAACCGAGGAAAGUCUGUUAAGCAGACGAAGGCACAUCAUGAAUGAGCUGAUAGACACGGAGAGAGUAUAUGUGGAAGAGCUUCAAAGCAUCAUUGAGGGUUAUUCUGCUGAGAUUGACAACCCAGAAUUUGUCAAUCUUGUUCCAAUUGCUCUGCAAAACAAAAAGGAAGUGCUUUUUGGCAAUCUUGGUGAAAUAUACGAGUUUCACAAGAGGACAUUUCUUAAAGAACUAGAAAAUUGCACAGAAAAUCCAGAACUGGCGGGAACUUGUUUUUUGAAGAGGAAAGAGGAUCUUCAGAUUUAUGAAAAAUACUGUCAGAACAAACCUCGUUCUGAAGCUCUAUGGAGACAAUGUGGAGAUAGUCAAUUCUUUCAGGAAUGCCAAAGAAAGCUUGAUCAUAAACUUUCUCUGGAUGCCUAUUUACUGAAACCUGUUCAGAGGAUCACCAAGUAUCAGCUGAUGCUAAAGGACAUGCUCAAGUGUAGUAAGAACUCAGAAGGCACUGCAGAGCUGGAGGAGGCCCUAGCAAGCAUGCUAGACAUCAUCAAGUCAGUUAAUGACUCUAUGCAUCAGAUUGCUAUAACUGGUUUUGAGGGUAACCUGAAUGAUCUUGGCAAACUGCUGAUGCAAGGGUCCUUCAGCGUGUGGACAGAACACAAAAAAGGACACAGCAAGGUGAAGGAUCUUGCCCGGUUCAAGCCCAUGCAGAGGCACCUCUUCCUGUAUAACAAGAUGCUGCUGUUCUGUAAGAAACGAGAGGAGACUGUGGAUGGCCAUGAGAAGACCCCGUCUUAUGGCUUCAAGCAUUCAUUAAAGAUGAGCGCUGUUGGCAUCACAGAAAACGUGAAAGGAGACAGCAAGAAGUUUGAGGUGUGGUACAAUGGCAGGGAAGAGGUCUACAUAAUUCAGGCCUCAUCGAUGGAUGUGAAGAAUCUGUGGGUUACUGAAAUCCGAAAAGUGUUGACAGGACAAUUGGAAGCAUGCAGAGAGGCCAGCCAGCUUCACCAAAGGAUCACUGAAAAUGUAUAUCAUGCUACUAUGAAUUCCCCCAAUGCAAGAAAUAUGAGAAAGUCUUCAUGCAAGCAAGAAAGCAACAAGUCUGAGUCCUCAAGCCCUGAAACAGUUAAUAAGAGAAGCAGCCCCGCUAGUCCCAACACUAGACAAAAGAGAACUGAUGCUUCUGCCAGUCAUAAUAUUGAGCGUUCUGCUCUUGCUAAAAAGCGAUUCACAUUGCAGGGUCUUUCCAACCGAAGGCCUCACUCUAAAGAUCCUCCGUCUAAAGAGACAGAAGUCACGCGUCGCUUCUCUUUAGCCUCCUCAAUCAGCUCCUCAGCUACUAGACGCACAAAAGGUGCUAUUGCUCCUAAUCUUAAAGCUAAGAGGCAUGAAAUAAAGAGUGACCCCACUCCAUUGGGGUAUGAAGAUACGUUAAGAGAUGCUGUACCGGCUGAAAGCAAACGUAGCAGUACUAUAAGUACAAACUCAGCUGUUACUAGAUCUACUUCCCAGACAGGUUGGACAAAUAGACAGAUUCCAUCGCUGGACACUUGUGAGGAUUUUGAAGCGAUCCCUUCCAGCCCAGAGGAGGUCUCCAACUCUUCAGAGACAGAGGAGGAACCCAAUAACAAAAAUGACCGUGGUCUGUUUCGAGUUCAGGUGACCAAUGAUGCCAAAACUUCUGAAGAGCUGUCCAUGGAGUCUGGGGAUUUAGUGCAGUUUCUGGAGGAAGGGGAGAAUGGCCAGUGGCUAGUCAAGAACCUUAUAACUCAGAAGACAGGAUUGGUUCCAUCCAGCAUACUGAAAAUCGCUGGAGGGGUUCACUUAAACAAUUUCUUUCGUGAUAUGUGCACUGCUGCAUUAACUGACACUGAAGAAAAGGAAAGUGAAUACAUGGGGAAUAGAGCUACAGAAACAAAGGUUGCAAGUUGAAACCCUGGCUCGUCUUUGCAUCUCUCUGUGGGCUCCCGGCUCUGCCUGUGCCAUGCAUUCCAUACUCCCGAAGGCAGAGCACUGCAGAGGAAGCUGUUUUUCUCAUCUAAAGACUAGAAGUUCCAGCUUCCCUCCAGUAUACAACCCCCUGACACUCAGCUGUGACUAUAAAGCAGGUCACCAAUGCACUUGGCUGCUUCAUCUCAUGGCAAGAGAACUGCAUUCAUGCUUACUCUGAUGGAUUUUAUUUAGCACUGUUUCAGUGCCUUUCCACAGAUUUCCUAUUCCAUUCCUUUUAUGGAGCUUAACCGGUAAGGUAUAAAACAAGAGGUCUGCGACUGAGUGAGAUGCCGAAUUCAUAGAUAGAAAAAACUGACUGACGUAUGUCCAUUCUAUACCAGAGAUACUGACUCUUUGAAAAAACUGUGUGAUCACAUUGAGCUGUUGUACAGCUUAAAAUUGUAAUUCGCUUGUCAGGUGACUGGUUCUGGUGUGUUUUGCUGGUUGUGUUGUCAUAGUAUUUACUUGUCUACUUUCUGUGAUGAUAUGGACCAAUAAUGGCACAAUAUCGAGCAGACCAAAUUAUAUUUACAAUAUCAAAUAUAAUUGUUUUGCUUGAACUCUGAAAUAUAUUGUGGUGAUGAUAAACUGGCUUUCUAAGGCCACAGGGUCAACACUGUGGCCUUAGUUCUGUAAGCAGAUUACAUGAUAAACUGCUAGGGGGUGUGCAGGGAUUCGGAAAAGAGCAGGGGAAAAAAGGAAUGGACAGAGCCAACCAGAAGUGGACAAGGCUGCCUCAAAAGUGGGUCGAGCCAAAAACAGGUGUUGUAAAAAACGUGUUUCUGCUCAAACAUGUGGUCCUGUCCCCAUCCAGCACACCCCAACUGAUUUAUAAUAAAUAUAAAUAUUAUUUAUUUAUCAUAUAUAGGGUAUUUUUACUGUCUUAUUCUAGUCUUCAACAAUGAGACACUUCACUAAAAAAUGAAGCACUUCUUUAUGUUCCUUAUAUUUUACAUUUCUAUUUAUCUGUUUAUUUAUUAAGUACAUUUUUAACCUUCUUGUAUAAUACCUGUAGCCAGAAAUACAGCAGUGGCCAAAAGCUUUGCAUCACCUUAUGGAAUGAACUAAUUUAGCUUCAUAAAGUCUAUUGAAACCUGCUGAAUAAUGUUAUGUUAACAUAUUGAAUUACAUACUGCUUUGUAGUUUUCCAUAUACUUCAUGAAAAACUGACAAUUUUAAAUGUGACAUUUCGAAAUCGAACAUGAAAUACUGUAUUACUAUUAUGGCUUCUGAUAGACACUUGCAAUAUCAUCAUGUUAAAUAAAAGAUCAAAAUUAUGUUCAUAUAGUUUUUUUUGUUUGUUUGUUUUAAUUAUAUCUCAAUCCUAAAAUUCUAGGUGAUGAAAAACUUUUGGCCAUAGCUGUACAAUACUAGAACUCCUUACUGACUUACUGAUUACUUCACUGGAGGACUGUCACAAAGACGGCCGGAGUGGGUGGCGUCAGACCAGAAGCAGGAAAUAAACAGACAGAGAUGUGUGGUUUGGUGGAGCUGAGCGAAUGGUUUCGCUCAGCAUUUAAUAAACAGCACAGAAAAUAAAAGGUUUUAACACAAAACACGGGACACGGCACUAUACGCCAAAAUAAAAAGACAAACAAAACGUACUACACUUAAACAGACAGACGAACAAACACGGUGAGUGAAAACACUUAUAUUCACUUUGUAAUAUUCUCAUUCAUUCUCUCUCUCUCUCUCUCUCUCUCUCUCUCUCUCUCUCUCUCUCUCUCUCUCGUUCUCCACUCACCUAACACCCAACCACGAGUGAAAGAAAAUGUGUCUGUAUAUACUGUUGUGCUGGGAUUCAAUUACUAAUUAAUUAUUCACUUGAAUCCCAGCACGUGAAUUAAUUCUGUGCAACCCCGUGCUUACAUAUUACAUUUAACCAGCACGUGAAGUGAUUUGUGCCCUCCUCGUGCCUAUAUACAAAUCUACACUUUUUAAAUACACGUGAAACACAGACCCGUUUAUAUCCCGUGUACCAAUGACUAUACACCAACAUUUACACACGCACGCGCAACACAUAAUAUGCACACGGGCGGGGCACAUUGCCACAAGGACUUAAUCCAUGUCCAACAGCAAAGUUUGUACAGGCCCUAGACAAACAAACAUAAAAAAAACAUCUGCCAUACCAUUGUCAGAAGGGUGUAAGGCCACCAGACAGACACAACAUCACUGAAACUGAAUUUUUUUUAAAUGGUUCUGGAGGGAUAAGUGACCAAUCCUUGAUGAUUUCUACCAUCUGCAUCUUACCAGAAUGGGCCGCAGAGUCAUCACCUUUCCAAGUGUUGCAUAUCUAACAGCAGACACCUAUUAGUCUUUCAGUUUCAUCUGUAUUUUCCUAUGUGACUGAAGCUGUCCUUGCAUUUUUCAGUUUUCCAAUUGAUAGACUAUACAUUUACCAUGAUUUUCCAUGUUUUUUUGUAAUACUUUACCACAUCUCUCUGGACUUUACAAUGCUUACCUGUGAUUUACUAACAAGGGUAAAAAUACAGCUUUUAUAUUGCAGGGAUUCCAUUUGCAUAACGUACCAGUCAUGUGAGUAACAAAUAUACACUACAAGUCGCAGGUUAUUUAUUUUUUUGUCCAGCCUGUGUAAAUUGUGAAAUGGUUCAGGACCAGUGAAAGCCAGUGUUCAACUGAGACUUGCAUAUGAAGCAACAGGAAGUACUUUUAAAAUUAGAUGCAGGCUGCUUUUUGUAUAUAUGAAAAAUGUAAUUGGCACAAUGCUGUAAAUUCCAUUUCUGUACAUUUUAAAACAAAUUACAAUGCAUUAUAAUGACCUGUGUCUGGGCUUCUUUCUUCCACUAACCUGUUAUGAAUGCAUGUUAUCAAUACAGCACCAUUAUAAACCUGCACUGCACAUCUGCAGCUCUUUUAUCAAUGAUCCCCUGUUCAAUUUCCAGAAGUGUCUAAUGGCUGACAUCUUUGAACCAAAUUACUGUAGAUCCAUUCCCUGCUGUGCAGUGCAUUCUCAUUACAGUUCGUCAGAACUGGUGGGUCCUGAAGCUCCAGAAGAAGCAGACUCGAUAUCAUCUGGCCACUAGUGGUAACAAGGUGCACUUACUGGUACUGUUCUGUUAAGAGGAGGAAUGUAAAACAUAAUGUCUUCACUUUUUUUAUAGGGAGUUAUGGUAAUGUUUAGUCCUUUGGCUUUGUGUUUCAUAUCCCUAGUGUACAGUUAGUUGAUCUUGAUUAUUAGCCUGAUUGUCUUAGUUAUCAUGUUGUACCACAGAGUAUGAACUAUUCUUUCUAACUUCAGGAAAUCGCUUGUGUACACAACCCCAGCUGUUUUCCAAUGCUUGUUUUGUACAGUUCUUUUUGUAUUGAUGUACUCACUGGCACAUCAAUACAAAAAGGAAACAGACUCACAAACCAGUCAUCAUAUCACUCUAGUUGCUGUAUAUGUAUAAUAUAAUUGCUUUUGUUUUUAGGUAAUAUUUUGUUUAGAAUAUAUUAGAAACAUUUGUCAAAAAACACAUCUAUCAUUUUUAUAUGUAAUUGUUACUGUACGCAACAUGUAUUUCUACUUUAUGGGGGAGGAAACGCCUCAAACAAGCUGUCCCCCCCCCCCCCGUCAUUCACCAGCAGCAGAAUUAAA